GGAGAAUUUUCCUUCAAACGAAGGAGAGCUUAGAUUUAAAGUCUUUUGGGGGGAUGAUGAAGCUAUUAUGGAGCCAGUGUGUUGUGCAAAAAAUGUAGUUAUUAAUCAAGAAGUGGCUUUCCUUACGUCAGAACUUGAUGAAAGAAUUUCAAACAUGGAAAAUGUAUCACUUUUGUGUACACAUGUCUCUUCAGAUGGUACGCUAUUUGAUUUUGAUCCAAUUGAUUUGUCAUUUUAUAUCAAAUCCAAAUCAAGUGAAAAGUGGUACAAAUGCACCUCCAGCAGCAUUUCGUCUGUGAAAGAACCUUCUCUCUUUAUAUCAAUUUUUGGUGAGUCUAACGAAGAGGCUAUACCAAAAGAAGUUUUGGCGACGAAUCAAAGAGAUCGGCUUAAACUUGUGACACCAAAAACUGAAGCUUCAAAAGAGAGACAGCUGAGACCAGUUCUAAUCAAUGACGAAUAUUUCCUUAUACAAGACCCAAACGACACCAGUGAGCAGAUUCUCUUUAAUAUGUCGGUGACUAUAUCAUUUGCCGAAAACCUUCUCUACUUGUUCCCCUCGAAGAGCCUGUGGCCGUCAGAAAACAUCCCAUUCGAGUUCCGGUUUAGUUUGUUUGGAAGCCCUAUUUGCUUUCAGCCGUUCAACUGUUUACGGAACCUUACCGAAAUUGGAGAGAGAGCAACUGCUAAAUUAAAGGGUUCGCCAGAGUGUAUUUUACGCUUUUUGAAACAGUCCAUGCAAGCGUUGAGUAUAAUUCUUUUCUGCGAAGAUAUUCCAAUUGCUGAAGCCACCAUACCUAUCAAAGAGCGCAUUGAACAUUAUCAGUUAGAACGCCGGAUCUUGGAAAAACUACACCUAGAACCGAUAAACAUUUCGGGAAUUUUUCCCAUAAGCUCACUGUUGGAAGUGGAUUUGAAUGAAAUGAAUUCGGGUUUUACAACGCCGCAAAUUGGUGUAGUGGUUACAUUGUCUGAAGCUGAGCCAAAAACUGCAACACAACCAGCCAACCAAACUAAUACAGCUCCCACACCUCCUAGCAUCCAGUCAUCUAUUGUUUCAUCAGAAACUGUGAAAACGUGCUCAGAAAAGGUCAGGAUCUCUUCUAAGAAGCACCGUCGUAGUCAAGGAAAAACUCAAGAAACUGAAGAAAGCCUAGUUUAUGCUGCAGCAUUGGAACUUGAAGUUUGGAAAGAAGAGCAAAAGCUACUGGAGAAGGAAAGGCAAGAACGCACCAGAGCUUCCUACUUGGAGCUUUUAAACAGCGAAUAUCGACGACAAACAGCUAUUAAAGAAGCCGCCUUUCAACGACGAGUGCAUCAUGUCGAAGAACUUGAAAAACAACUAGAAAAUGCCAUUCAGAAUACGCGUCAAGUCGAACUGGACCUACAACAGGAAAAAGAACAAUUGAACAAGCAACGAACUAAACUGGCUCGAGAAAAGAGUGCAGUUGCCUCGGAGGUUGAGCGAGUGACGCAGAGCCUUACAACGAAACAUAAAUUUGAACUAGAAGCAGAGAAAAGGCGACAUACUGACAUUGUCACGGAUCUGCGCCGUAAGCUCAAGAUUCAACAACAAAAAUCCUCCGACGACUCUACACGGAUCAGCGACUUAGAACAAGAAUUGAACAGUUUGAGGCAAACCAAAAAGUAAUUCUACGCACGUUUUUUUUUGUGGUUUUGCUAUCUAGUUCCGAUAUAUAAAUAACAUGGUGUACAAACGUGUUAUUGUUGAAAGAGAAAAUUGCACAUUGUAGUGAAAUAAAUUUUGCCACUUCA